AAUUUUAUCUUCACAACCCUGUGAGUUAGGUGUUUGAGAAAGCAGGCUACAUGGCUACCGAUGAUGAUUAUUUUGCUGAAUACCCCAACACCACAUCUCAGCACAUUGAUGACAGCGCACACAAGACAUUUACAGCGUUUAGCAGUGUCUUUCUGGUCUGCAUGUACUCAUUUGCCUGUAUCUUUGGAGUCUCAGGGAACACUUUGGUUCUUAUCAUUUUUAUCUUCUAUGAAAAAGUAAAGGUGCUGACGGAUGUAUUUCUGGUGAGCUUGGCUGUAGCUGACUUGUGCUUUCUUUGCACAUUGCCAUUCUGGGCUUAUUCUGCUGCGAAGGAGUGGAUCUUUUACACUUUGCCGUGUCAAAUCAUCCGGGGCCUCUACACCUUGAAUCUGUACGGUUCCAUGCUAACCCUUACCUGCUUAACCAUUGACAGGUAUUUUGCUAUCGUCCAAGCCACCAAAGCACACAUCAGCCAAGCCAAAAGAAUAGUCUGGGGUAAAGCGGUUUGCAUUUUGGUUUGGGUGCUCUCCCUGCUAUUUGCUUUGCCACAGUUUUUAUUUAGCACGCAGAAGGAGUACAGCAGCAAAAGGGUAUGCAUCGCAGAGUACCCUUCAAAUUCUUUGCAGAUGCUCACCGAAGCAAUUCAAAUGACUCUUGGAUACUUCUGCCCUAUGCUGGUUAUGGUUCUUUGCUACUCAGUCAUCACCAAUACUUUACUCUAUGCUAAGGGCUUCCGCAAGCAGAAAUCCUUAAAAAUAAUAUUUGCCAUUGUUGUGGUGUUCAUUUUUACACAGACGCCCUAUAACGUCUUGAAACUCAUUCGUGCUGCAGACCCGAGGGUCAUGAUGGACAAUGGAUUCCGCUUCGAAUAUGCUUUGAUCGUAACGGAAGCCAUUGCUUAUUUCCACAGCUGCCUCAACCCUGUUCUCUAUUUCUUUAUCGGUUUGAAGUUUAGGAGGAACCUGGUAAAAAUUCUUAAAAAGUUUGGAUGUGCUAAACAUGAACAAACCAGGAAGCCGUGCCAAACUACGGAUGAUGAUUGCUCAAAAUCCUGCACCGCCACACAGAACGCAGAGGAAACAAGCAUGUAUGCAUUGUAAGAGGAUUGCGAAGAGCAUCUCUUUUGUAGAGUUUCAGUUUUAGUCGCCCUCAUGCGAGCAAAAGCAACAGGCAGAAUCUCCUCAACAUAGCUAUCCUGUUUGUAAAGUUGGCAAAAGCUUCCUUACAAGCAAACUUUGCAGAAUCUCAUUGCCACCCUGGUUCUUAUGCUAGAGGCAUCUUAUCAGAAAAGACUCAAUUGUGUUAAGGUAUACAGCAGCUAUAGAAGAGAUGCUGAAUGGGAGUUUAGGUUGUCACUUAGCAUUUUACCUUUUAUUUUAAGGAAGUGCCAGUGGGAAGCUGCACCCU